CAAACACCUGCACGAAGUAAACACAAAAAAGAAGUGACCAACCAAAACAAUCACGGAACGGAGCAGCAGUAGUUUGGAGUUUGGAGACGUCGCCAGGAUGAAAAUCAGCAGGAAGCGAUCCUCAUCCAAGCGAAAGUCUCGCCGGGAUUCAACUUCAUCCUCCGACAGUAGUAACAGCAGUAGUAGCGAUAGCAGCAGUGGAAGAAGCAGAUCCAGUUCCUCCAGCAGCGACAGUAGCAGCAGCAGUUCAAGAAGUGGGAGUCGAAGCAGCAGUCCUGAUCGUAAAAAGUCGAAGAAAACCCGAAAAGAUGAUAGGAAGGAAAAAAGGAAGCUCAAAAAAGCACUGAAGAAGGAAGCCAAACGUGAACGCAAGGAAGCCAAAACCCGAAAGAAAGCAUUGAAAAAGCAAGAGCGGGAGCAAAAGAAAGCCGAAAAACGGCUCCGUAAACAGCAGAAGAAGGAGCAAAAACGAAACAAACCAGCUGCAACUACUUCGGUGGAACGGCCUCCCGAAGAUGACUGUGGCGUUCCAUUGGACCUGAUGAAUACUCGGGCGCGGGCACCGGAGACCAGGGAGCAAUAUGAAGCGCGCCAGGCUGUCAUCCGGUGGGUGGUCGAUCCGGAAACGGGUCGGACACGGCUGAUCAAAGGCGACGGGGAAAUCCUGGAGGAGUGCGUUAGUCGAGAACGGCACCAGGAAAUCAACCGGCAGGCAACGGCCGGCGAUGGGGCGGAGUUCCAGCGGAAGACGGUCGGGUGGAAGUUCGAUUGAGGUAAUUUCUUUAUUUAUUUAGGGCUAUGA